GCGGCGGCAGAGGCUCGGGCCGGGCGGCGGGCGAGCGCUGCUGGCCGCGGUGCUGCUGUGCCUGUGCUGCCGGGCGGCGGCGGAGCGGGUCCGCUAUUCCAUCCCCGAGGAGCUGGGCAGAGGCUCGCUCGUGGGGCCGCUGGCGCGGGAUCUGGGGCUCAGCGCGGACGAGCUGCCGGCGCGCAAGCUGCGGCUGAGCGAGGAGAAGCAAUAUUUCACGGUGAAUGAGGAAAACGGGAAUCUGUACGUGAAUGAGAGGCUGGACCGGGAGGAGAUGUGCGGCGAGUCGGCAUCCUGCUCCAUCAGCUUUGAGGUGCUGGUGCAGAACCCGCUGAACGUUUUCCACAUUGAGGUGGCCAUCGAAGACGUGAAUGACAAUUCCCCGGCCUUCAGGAAGGCGUCUCUGGACCUCGAAAUCGGUGAAUGGACUCUUCCUGGUACUCGUUUUCCUCUGGAGUCAGCUCAAGACGUGGACGUGGGCAGCAACUCGCUGCUGGCAUACCAGCUCACCAACAACCCCUCCUUCUCUCUGGCCUUAAAGGAGACCCCCGACGGAAGCAAGCAGCCAGAACUGGUGUUGGAGAGAGCGCUGGAUCGGGAGAAGCAGAGCUCUUUUGAGCUGGAGCUGACAGCACUAGAUGGUGGGGACCCCGUAAGGUCUGGGACUGUCCAGAUUCGGGUCAACGUGACGGACGCCAACGACAACCCACCAGUGUUCAGCAAAAGCAUCUAUGAGGCACGAGUGGCAGAGAACCUGCCGACAGGGUCGCUGGUGCUGCGGGUACGAGCGACAGAUGCGGACGUGGGCUCCAACGGGCGGGUCUCCUACUCCUUCGCCAAUGCCCCGGAGGGAGUUCUUGCGAUGUUCGAGGUUGACAGCGACAGCGGUGAGAUCAGGACGGCGAAUUCUCUUGAUUUUGAGGAGAAGAGCAAGUACAUCUUCGGGCUGGAGGCGAGGGAUGGUGGUGGGCUGAACGCUCAUUGCAAGGUGCAAAUAGACAUCACGGACGAAAAUGACAACGCCCCCGAGAUCACGAUGCUAUUGCUGUCGAGCCCGGUACCAGAAGACGCACCAACCGGCACCGUGGUGGCCCUGCUGAAAGUCCGGGACAGAGACUCGGGCGAGAACGGUCAGGUGUCGUGCGAGCUGUCGGGAGAGGCGCCGCUGUCGAUCGUGGCGUCGUCGGGCGGCUCGUACAAGGUGGUGACGGCGAGCGCGCUGGACCGCGAGCAGGCGUCCGAGCACCGCGUGACGGUGGUGGCCCGGGACCGUGGGCGGCCGGCGCUGUCCGGGACUGUUCAAAUCCGGGUCAAUGUGACCGACGCCAACGACAACCCACCUGUGUUCAGCAGAAGUGUCUACGAGACACGAGUGGCGGAGAACCUGCCAGCGGGGUCGCCGGUGCUGCAGGUACGGGCGACGGAUGCGGACACGGGAUCCAACGGACAGGUGUUCUACUCCUUCAGCAACGUCCCUGAAGCCAUCAGCUCAUUGUUCACUGUGGACAGCGAGAGCGGUGAAAUAAGGACUCUGGGUUCCCUCGAUUUCGAGGAGAAGAGUAAACACAUCUUCGGCUUGGAGGCGAAGGACGGCGGGGGUUUAGUAUCGCACUGCGAAGUGCAAAUAGACGUCACAGACGAGAAUGACAAUGCACCUGAAAUCACGAUUUUAUCGCUGUCAAGUCCUGUACCGGAGGACGCGCCAGUCGGCACCGUGGUGGCCCUUCUGAAUGUGGAAGACCCAGACUCAGGCGAGAACGGUCAGGUGUCGUGCGAGCUUUCGGGAGAGGCGCCGCUGUCGAUCGUGGCGUCGUCGGGCGGCUCGUACAAGGUGGUGACGGCGAGCGCGCUGGACCGCGAGCAGGCRUCCGAGCACCGCGUGACGGUGGUGGCCCGGGACCGUGGGCGGCCGGCGCUGUGGAGCAGCACGGAGCUGGUGCUGGAGGUGUCGGACGUGAACGACAACGCGCCGGUGUUCGAGGAGGCGGCGUACAAAACACCCCUAAUGAGAUACCGCUGCUUUCCUCUUGAGGAGUUCGAGCAGAAAAGAUCUGCUGGAGAAAAGCGGGACGUGUGCGGCGAGCGUCUCGUUCUCUCCCAGCGCUCGGCAGCGCUCGGUGCCUGCAGUGCCGGGAGGAGGCUGCGGGCGCCGCUGUUGACCGAGAGGAGAGAGAGGGAAGAUCGGAGCGCUGCAGCCCCGCCCGCUGCGGACCGGCUCGGUCGCUGUCUCCGUUAG